AUGGGAUCGUCGAAGAAAAUUGUAUUGCUCCCUGGGGACCACGUAGGUCCUGAAGUGGUUGCUGAAGCUGUUAAGGUUUUAAAGGUCGUUAGUGACUUGUCAGCUGACAAGAAACUUACAUUUGAGCACCAAUUGGUUGGUGGGGCGGCUAUUACAGCAACUGGAAAGCCGCUUCCAGAGGCUUCACUAGAAGCUGUGAAGACUGCGGAUGCGGUAUUAUUAGGAGCCGUCGGAGGGCCUGAAUGGGGCGUUGGAAGCGUUCGCCCCGAACAGGGACUCUUACAAUUGAGAAAGGAGUUGGGAUUGUAUGCCAAUCUUCGUCCUUGCUCUUUCCCUUCGGAAUCUCUUGUUGAUCUUUCUCCAUUAAAAGCAGAUCUGGUGCGGGGCGCAGACUUUACUGUAGUGAGGGAAUUAGUUGGCGGGAUAUAUUUCGGAGAACGUCAAGAGGAGUCAGGCGAUGGGGUUGCAUGGGAUACGGAGUCCUAUUCAAUUCCUGAAAUUGAGCGCAUUGGCCGGAUGGCCGGUUACCUUGCUUUACAGCAUGACCCACCACUUGCUGUGCAUUCUGUUGACAAGGCUAAUGUCUUAGCUUCGUCACGUUUAUGGCGGAAAACAAUGGACGCGCUUUUCAGCAAGGAGUUCCCUCAGGUAACGCUUCACCACCAGUUGGUGGACUCCGCUGCAAUGUUGCUUGUUAAGUCCCCUCGUGUUUUCAAUGGUAUCGUUGUCACUAGCAACAUGUUUGGGGAUAUUCUCUCAGACGAAGCGUCAGUGAUUCCAGGUUCUAUUGGAUUGUUGCCAUCCGCGUCUUUGUCAAGCUUACCAGACAAAGGUGAAGCAUUUGGACUUUACGAGCCAUGCCAUGGCUCUGCUCCAGACUUGCCCCGUGGUAAGGUCAACCCAGUUGCUUGUAUCUUGUCUGCAGCAAUGAUGUUGAAAUACUCCCUUGGAAUGUCUAAGGAAGGGCAGGCAAUUGAAGAGGCUGUAAAAGAAGCCAUUGAUUCCGGAAUCAAAACCUCUGACUUACACGGCUCUAGUUCGACCUCUGAGGUCGGAGAUGCGGUUGCAGAAGCCGUCAAGCGGAUUUUAUCAAAUUAG